UGAAAACAUAAACUUGCGUAAAUAAUCUGUGCACUCUAAUUAGGGCCCGAGCACUGAGAGUCGCUGAUAGACAGUGAGGCUGUUAGGCCAAUUGACAAUGUAUUAUUAUUAUUCAGGCAAAUGAAUUGGCUUUUGAGGGCUUAACAUACUCAAUUUUUUAAUUAAAUUGUUUAUGUUAUUGACCUCCUACGCUGAAUUGGACUGCGAAUCCCCUGCGCAGAAGCGGACUGAAAAUACAAUACAAUACUAUAACUAGUAUUGUGUUGCUUGAGCAAUAAUAAUAAAAACAGAUCUUUGAGCAAGACAUUGAAUCUAAGAAAUUAUUUUAAUAUUUAGUAGCUGAGACUGUUUCAAUUGAGUCUCUAAUAGUACAUGAGGAGCCUUCAACGUUAGAAGCCAUUGUGCAUGCACUGCCACUAGAUGGCGCCCAUAGCGUGUGUUAUAUGUUCCCACACUGGCCAAGGACCCAUCAGACUGGUCUGGGACCAAGUUCUCCAGACACGUUUAUCAGACCUUCACACAGCCAUAUCACACAAACCAACAAAAGAAAGGGUCGAAGCCUCUUCCUGUCUCUGCUCCACUUGGCACCGACACCGUCUCUGCGUCCAGCUGUGUCUCCACAUCUGGAUCGUGUUUGCAGAGAAACCCCUCAGCCACUCGGCCCUUCCUCGAUCUGCGCGUCACGUUCUGCGCCUCUGUGACUCGGGGUGGUGGGCGUGUCCUAAGCGGUGGGGUUUCAUUCAUAAAUACUCUUAGCCUUUGAAAUCCACAUUAAAGUGCUCGGAGACGAGUUUCACGCUGUUGGCUCCGGGCCCCGCCGCCGCUGCGCAUGGACCAGACUGGUUGAAGUAGCCAUGCAGCACUGCCAUCCUGUUGCUCCAGGGCCAGCUGGCCAGCCCUGACGAGGGGGGGAACACUUGAGGGGGCUGGCUGGGCUGAGGUGCUGAGGAUGCAGCAAGGGAGCUGAGGAGGAGACUCCGGAGCCACAGCCUGAUACACACUCACAUCCAGAACUGCUGCUACUGCGUGCUGAACCUCCAUCAGGGGGGACUCUCUAGUUGGCCUGGACCAUGAGCAAUGAGUCUACCGUCUGGAACAUCCUACCAGAAAACUCCACAGGGAUCCCAUUCAAGGCCAAGGAGCAGCAGGAUGGCUACGUGCUCAUCCUGGUGAUCCUUUUCAUCUUGCUGGUAGGAACGUUGGUCUUCAUCGCGGUCCUCCUCAUCACCUGCCGCCGAUGCUAUCAUGGACGGCAAUGCUGUGACAGGGCCAGCGAUGACCCUGAAAAAACCAACACCACCUACAUGGAGGAGUCUCUGCCCACCCAUGAAAUCACCAUCAGGGUGGAUGAGUCGGACUGCCUGUCAAUGGUCAGCUCUCCGGAUCAAGAGACAGAGCGCUUCCUCUCCACAUGCACCACAGGCCGCCGUGUCUCCUUCAAUGAGGCAGCACUUUUCGAUCACACCAAGAAGACCCAGGAGAAGGGACGCAGGUACACUCUGACCGAGGGCGACUUUCACCACCUGAAGAACGCUAGACUGACACACCUCCACAUCCCACCCCCAGCCCUCAAGAUAGUCACCAUCCACGAGUGCGAUUCGGCCGAGAACACCAUCAUCAUGAAGAUGCGCCCUGUCGCUAAGUCAGCACUUUCCAUCUUCCAGCCAAUGCUGUGCCCCCUUCCACAAACAGCGCUGACCAGCCUGAGUGUCAAUCCCAGCUGUGCCCUCCCUGGAGAUGCUCUCAACUCUGUGGUGGACACCAGCUUCAGCGUGAACACUGUUGCACUCAGCGUUAAAGACAAUCGCUCCAGCUCUAUUGAGAUGAUGGGACCUGGACCGCGGGGCAGAGGCAGCAGUGUCAGCAUUGGAGAAGGGGCCACCGUGGGAAGCGAUGCCCAUCCUGCUGGUGGCGGUGGUGGUAGUACUGGAAGCCAGGGGCCCGUGCUGCAAUUCUUCACCAAACUGCGGCGUCAUGCUAGUUUAGAGGGGGCCAGUCCAUACUUCAAGAUCAAGAAAUGGAAGCUGGACAGCAGCCAGAGGGCCUCGAGUCUGGACACUAGAGGCUCGCCAAAGAGGCGACAGUUCCAGCGCCAGCGGGCCGCCAGUGAGAGCAUGGACCAGGACGACAACAACGCGCACCACAUAGACCUCAUCCAGUACAUCGCCCGCACCCAGGACGUCCCGUACGGCCGCACCCAGCCCACCACACGCCUCCUCUCGCCUCCCUCUACACCACCCCCCUCCCUCGGCAGGGUAGAGGUAGAGGUGAUGGUGGAGCCCCGCUGCAGACAAGGAGGACCAGGGGUGAUUGGCCUAUCCCCUGAUCCACAAGACGAAGCCCUGCACCUGGCAAAAAGGGAAGGUGCAGACCCCUUGGAGCCCCAAGGUCCCCCGGACCCCCAGUCACUUUACAGAGACAUUUGGACCCUUCGUGCAACACUGGAACAGUAUGCCGCCUCUGAUCAGAGCAGCAACAAUGACAGGAACUCUGUCUGCAGCGAUGUGGAAAGUGUGUGUUCGCUGGGUGGACGAACAGAGACAGAGAGAGGAGGGCUCCCCAGCUACACAUCCCAAGAUUUAGGGGAUGAGGCAGAAGGUGGGGAGGAUGACAAAGGCUUUUUGAUGUACGUGGAUGAGAGGUUGGGUACAAAGGAGGGUAAAAAAAGGAAAAGCACACAAUCAGAGCGAGGGGCCAGUGAUGGAGAAACAGGGACUCGUAAACUGCUGCAGAUGGAUAGUGGCUAUGCAUCGAUAGAUGCUCCAUCCCGAGGUCCAGAAGACCUGCGGCUGUUUGGGAGCAGCAGCAUCAGCAGCAGCCCGAAGGACAGGACAGCCCAUGAGAAAAGGCACCAUUUUACCAGUGCAGGGAGAAGUGGAACUAUAGGUGACAGCUUUGAGUCUCAUCUCUUUGAGGAGGAGCCAGAAGAUGAGUCGUUGUUGGGAGCCAGUGGUGGAGUUUCCAUAGAAACGGGUCCCGGUUCAGUGAGCUGGUUUCCAUAUGGUCAGAUGCUCACACCACGAGAGGCUGCGCAACUUUCACCACAACCACCAGCCCUGCACCGACGAGACUACAGCAUCGAUGAGAAGACGGAUGCACUCUUCCAUGAGUUUCUCCGCCACGACCCUCAGUUUGAUCAGCUGGAAUCACCAAUUAGGAAACACAGGUCCAGAAUCCACCUCAGAAAGCAGUGGCAGCGGCACAAGCAGUGGAGCGACCCUGGUGUCAGACACUUCCAGUCAUCCUUUGAGCGACAGCGGACUCCCCUACGGAGGGGAGAAAGUGUAAACUACCCACUGGACACAAGCUACCACAGCACCCUGCCCCGCAUCGUCAGUGCUCCUGACGAGGAGACCGGCGAUGGGACGGGCAGCACUCCCGACACUCUGAAGGUAGAGCCUACGACUACUGAGGAUGGGAGCAAAGGCGCCACUGUCAGAGACACUGAGGACCACGCCUCAUCUUCUCCUCCACCUCCUCAUUCCUCUGUCUUAGAGACAGAUGAAGGACUGAGUGAGCACCUUGAUCGUCAAGUGGACAGCAAACAGUCAGGAGUCCCACCCGAGCCUCCGAACGAGCGCUCACCCCCUCAGCUGCCUGACUCCUCAUGCUACGGGCCGCAAACCAUCACAGCAGAGCUCACAGACAAACUGACUGGUAACCUGGAUGAGAGGCUGUACACGGGCCUUCGCAGCACCAGGGACACAGCCAAUGAGUGUGUGAUGGUGACAGCCACACACGCCUCUCCAGAUCACAGCCCUGUGUAGCUCAGCUAGAGUCGUCCUCCUUGCUAGUUGUCCUCCUCCUGCUGAUACACACGUUGUUUCUGUUUGUCUUUCCUCAGUUUAAAUGUCUCUGUUAAGUUUGAAUGGUGUCACCCGGAACCCAAAAAAAAACAAUGGAAAAUUU